AUGGUGGGCGCGGAGACGCGUCCCGGCUCUGGCGGCGCAGCCCGGCGGCGGAAGGCGGCACGGCCGAGGACACCUCCGCGCUGCCCUGCGCGCUGGAGCCGACUGCGCCGCGCCGCGCCGGGCGACCGCUCGGGCCGCGGGAGCCUGACGUCUCCGCCCACCGCAGCCAAUCCCCGCGCCGCUCGGCCCGCGCCGCCGCCGCCGCCGCCGCCGCCGCCGCGACCGCCUCCCCCUCGCGGCCCGGCGCAGCCCGGUCAGCGAGGACGCCCCGCCCCCGGCCCCGCCCCGCCCCGCUCGGCGCUGCCUGGGCCCCGGCCGCGCGAAGCAAAAGCCACACCUAGCAGCUUAAAAAUUCUCGAGGGCUCACGGAGGAGCACGUUUAUGAUAAGAAGCGAAAGUGGAUGCUGCCCUUGAUCGAGCUGAGGGCGCAGUCAACGUUUUCCUACACGAGAUGGAGCUGAAGUGCCCUGCGGCUGUGCGACAGCAGGAAAAGACGUCAAUAGGAGUUUGGGCAGAAGGUGCAUUUUUUUAGAAAAAAGAAAUGGAGCACUGCCUCUGUUUUAUUAGCCAAUAAAAAAUAUGAAUAAAGAAA